GAGGAGAGUGAAAUAGAGAGGUGGAAAAAACACAAGGAGGGGGUAAAAUAUAAGAGAAGAACACGGGAAACGGGAGGGAAAAGAGGGGAGGGGAGAGAUAUCAUAUUGUUCAUUUCUCCCUCUCAGUCUGCCAUCCCGUUUGCAGGGUUUAUUAGUCGGUGCAUCUUAAGAGAGGAAAGAGGAGAGAGGGAGCAGAGGGUGGACCAGCUGAAACAGGGCGGAAUGCCCCUUUACCAGCGACGCAUCUGACUAAAACAGCGAAAGGGGCUCGUAAAUUGGAAAUUGCACGGCGAGGAAGACAGUGAUUUCUGCAUCGCCAAAGGUGAUGUCGGAGGGCCUCAGAAGAACCUUCACUAAUCCAACAGGGAACUCCCAUCCUUGCAGACGUGUUGGAGCCAGUAACCAAUGUGUUCCACCAAUUCCUGUUCUAACUCCAUGACCAGCAGCUCAGCUCUAACUCCAAACCAACUUGCAGAGAAGAGAAAAAAACAAGCCACUUUUCUGCAGGCUCCCAUUUAUUGUCUUGGAAACAUUAAGAAAAUAACAAGCUAAAGGUUAUGCAUGCACUGCAGGCAUAAAUUCCCAUUCCUCAGCCAGAUCUAUUUGCAAGGACAAUUUUACGUGUAGAGCAUCUCCACUCCAGCUUGCAAAUUCAGCAUGGCCCAGAACCCCAAGAGUCACAUUCAAUAAAGGGAAAGUGAGAGGGGUGGGUGUCGCUCAGUCAUAUAUGGGCACGUCCGUCUGGUCUCUGUGAUCCAGGCCAAGACACCCAGCAGAGCCCCUCGUGCUCUUCCUUUGCUACCCUUGCCCUCUCAACUCCUUCAACCUCCUCUUUCUCAGUUCGCACCUUGUAAAAGGUGGACGGGCCAAUACUCCUUUUACCUGAGCGCCGUCCAAUAGGAGAGGGCGCAGAGGGCUGCACUGUCAUUGGUUGACUGCUGGUGAGAGUGCGAUGCAGAUUGGAGGAUGUCGGGGGACUGGGAUGAAGACCUGUGUAAGAAGGCACUGGUGCUGGUGGAGGAGCUAUGCUUCAACUCCCCGAGGGGUUACAGCCAGAGUGAACGCUGCCAGGAGUUCAGCUACCUGCUGAGGGGUCGCAACGGACGGUUGGACACAGAGAUCUCUGUCAGUCUGCUCUCAGUCAUCGUGACGUUCUGCGGCAUCGUCCUUCUCUCAGUCUCCCUCUUUGUCUCAUGGAAGCUCUGUUGGCUGCCAUGGCGGGACAAGGAAGGUGGAGGCCUGAGCCUGACCUCAGGUUUGCUGCCUGGAAGCGCAGGCAUUGGUAGCCUCGGAGGAGCUGCAGGGUCUUCACUCUUACCUCCGCUGCUGCAAAGAAAAGAAGGACAUUCCUCAUCCUCCCUGUACCCUACCCUGGGCCAGCCGGGUCAGCACCACCCGCAUUUCUCUGACCUGGUAGGGUUAGAGAGGGGGGAGGGUGGAGGUGUUGUUGGAGGGCCGCAUGAGACCCAGGAGCACUCCUACUUGGACAUGGACUCCUACCCCAACAAUGCUGGAACUCUGAAGCUGAGCCAGACCUCUCCAGAUGUCCCCAACUCAGAGGGUGGAGCACAACCCCACAAAGACCUGCCAAAUGCCCACUCCCAGCAGCAGGUCACCCCUCGGCCCAAGCCCAUGACUCAUCAGCUCUCCAGCCCUGAUUUCCACGGUGAGGAGAAGGAACAGGUAACCAGUAUUGGGCAGAUCAAACCGGAGCUCUACAGACCCAAGGGUGACCAGGGUGAGGGCAAACAGGGUGACACCUGCGGCAAGAUCAGCUUCCUCCUGCGCUACGCCUUCAAUACGGAGCAGUUGGUGGUGAAGAUAUUGAAAGCUUUGGACCUGCCAGCUAAGGAUGCCAAUGGGUUCUCUGACCCUUACGUGAAGAUCUACUUACUGCCAGACAGAAAGAAGAAAUUCCAGACCAAGGUCCACAGAAAGACCCUGAACCCAGUGUUCAAUGAAACAUUUCAGUUUGGUGUGCCUCUGAAUGAGCUACAUUCCAGGAAGCUGCAUUUCUCUGUGUAUGACUUUGACCGCUUCUCCAGACAUGACCUGAUUGGCCAGGUAGUGGUGGACAACCUGCUGGACUUCAGUGAGGGCAGUGGGGACAAGCCGGUCUGGAGGGACAUUGUGGAGGGCACUGCGGAGAAGGCUGAUCUCGGGGAGCUUAAUUUCUCGCUGUGUUACCUGCCCACUGCAGGCAGGCUUACUGCUACAAUCAUCAAGGCCACCAACCUCAAAGCCAUGGACCUGACUGGCUUCUCAGAUCCUUAUGUGAAGGCAUCUCUGGUAUGUGAUGGGCGCAGGCUAAAAAAGAGGAAGACCUCCAUUAAGAAGAACACUCUGAACCCUACAUACAACGAGGCGCUGGUGUUUGACAUUCCCAAUGAAAAUAUAGAAAGUGUAUCCAUCGUCAUUGCAGUGAUGGACUAUGACUGUAUUGGUCAUAACGAGGUUAUAGGGAUGUGUCGUGUGGGCAGUGAAGCAGACGGUCCAGGGAGGGAGCACUGGGCGGCUAUGCUGGCUAAUCCACGCAAACCAAUAGAACACUGGCAUCAGCUUGUGGAGGAAAAAGCAAUUGGUACGUUUGUGUCAAAGAGUGUGACAGCAUCCUCCCCUAAGCCGCACAUCGUUGUGGACAGUCCUCACUCCGACUAAAACUGUCAUUAUCAUCUCUUCAGCUCCAGACUUUCCUUUCUUUCCUCUCAUCUGUGAAUAAUUCUCUCCAUCAAAGAACGAGAGACGCGGAGACACUGCUAGUGUCCAACUGCUAGUGCUGUUUUGGUCCUGCUAAUGAAUCCUCUAAGUCCUGUGCUGUUGUUACAAAGCCGGGGAAAAAGCAACAUCCAUUACAAGCUACACUUUGAGCAUCUGACCACACAUUUACCAACACAUGUGGACAAUAAACAGUACAUUAGGAUUGAUAUGAGAUGUAAAUUUGGGAUCUAGCAGGGGAAUGCACACUCACUAACCCUAACUCACACAUACAUACACACAAACGCACAAACACACACAGACUUUGUAGUAUGUGCGUAGUCCAUGUGUGCUUCAAUUUAGUGUAGUAUUUCAUCUAGGAGGAGUGUGAUGUGACAAACUUUUCUCUCUUAAAAACAAAACAAGAAAAAAAGAAAGCCAUCCUAGAAUGGUCAUUUUAGCCAGGACCAAAGGUUCAUGUACAGACUUUAAAAGAAGAAAAUCACUAUGUCGAUAUUUUUCUUUGCAACAUUAGUGUACAGUAUACGCCGUACUGUAUAGAAAAAAACAUCUCAUGUAGUACAUAGAAGGACAAAACAUCCAUGGUGGAUUCUCCUGGCCAUUUCGGACGCCUUCUCCAGGCUUCUUAUCCUCUGGUUUCAGACUGAUCUUGCUUAUUUUCCCCAGAGGAAAGAUCUCGAAGCGUCCAGUGGUCAUUAUUGAUGUCAGAGUAUUGAAAAAUGAGGAAAGACUCAUUGGUCUAAGCAUGUUAAGCAACCUAGAAAUGUGUCCCUCUUCCUCAUGCUUUUUUGUCAUGGUCCUCAUGGUACUCAUCAGUUUCAGGUAUUAAUUUUUCAGUUAUUUUGCUCUUUGUAUGUGUGUUGCACAUAUAACCAUCAGGAAGGAAUUAACUCAUGCCACAGUCCACUGAGGAUGAGAUGGUGUGAUUGUUUUGGAGACAUGGACUAUUUGAUCGUCCGCAAAUUUUUGGCCAAACCGGCAGACUCUCCCAUUGUUGGACUUCACAGGUGGGAACCUGUGUCACGGAUCAGACCAGCAUCUGCUUGGAGUGCACUCACUGGAGGAUGUGCUCCACAGGGAAGGACAUCAUCAUGUUAUAUUUUUUAAUCAUUCAAGGACCUUUUAUUUUCUUCAAAGUCAUCAUCCAGUUUCAACUGAGAAAAUCCACGUCAUGUCCCUGACAAGACUUUAGAAGGACACACACGUCCGUGUCGCUUUUAUUAGUGUGUUUCCGUGUUUGUGGGUGUGUUUGUUUUGUAUUUGUGUGUGUCUGUGUGUAUGCCUGUGUGUCACUGUGACCUUGUGUAUGACACUUUUCUGUGCUCAUCACCUCCCUUCUCUUUUUUCUGUCCUUUCCUCCUUCACUCAAAUCCCGGCAUCCAGAGACUGAAAAGCUUGUCAAGGAGCCGAACGUGUCCUCUGUCCCAUGUCUUUACAAGGAGCCAUUUUGUGUGUGUGCGUAUGGGUGAGUGUGUGUAUACUAUAUGUGCCUCAUUGCACUAGGUGGGGAAACACUGUCAGUCAUAGACAUUAGUUUGUAUUGUCUAUGUCGUCUCUGAAAUCAGCUGCCAAUCAUUCAGCCCUCCUCUCCUCUCUAACCCUUUGCCUGAUGUAAGUAACUGUGUUGACUGUGUACUUCUUUCAGUAAUGUGUGUACUGUAUGUCCGAGGGAAAAAAACAGAUGGCACAGUGCUUGAAAAUUAAAUCGAUGGGUGUGCUUUGAUUAAAUUUAAGAGAAGAAAUGCAAAAAAAAAAAAAAAAAAAAUGAAGGGAAAAAAAACCCAAAACAAAACAAUGAAAGCUGUUUGUUAUGGCUUACAGAUCACGACAAAUUUAGAUCCCCUUAAAGCAAGAAAACAGGGAGGAGGUGUAGUGAGAAAACAAGCGCCUGGAAUUUCUGCACUUCCUGUGUAAUCCAAUACUGACUUAGAAAGCCAUGUCUGUCACUGCUACUACAACUACUACUGUAACCUCAGCAAAACAACACUACAACACCUCACUACAGCUACUUGUAUUGCUAUCGUUGCUAUUUCCCUCUCAUCCCCUUACUCACAAACACACACAUUUGUCAAAGAGUGUAGGUGUGUGUAUGCGGGUAAGGAUCUAGUUUUUCUUCUUACCUCUGGACCAUGGAAAUGCAACGGUGGCUUGUUUAAACGGGUACAUAGAGCCGACACAUCCCGCAUCAUACCUGCAAGUAUUCUGUGUGGUUUGUCAGCUCUGGGAUUAUUGAUCAGCUUGUAUAAGUAGCUAUAGUAUUGAUCCAUCGGUCUCGAGGCCUCAUAAUUCUGUCCAAGCUUCUCUCUCUCUCUGCUUUUGUCUACCCUAUUUAGCCCUUGUGUUACUGCCUGAUGAUAGAUUACAAAACUCAUUGUGAAAACAACACAUUCCCUUAUUCUUUUCCUCCCUCUCUUCACCCUCCCUCCUCACUCUCACCCUCAGUAUCUGUCUGCCUGAUUACUGUCUGAUUACUUAUUCUCUCUUUCUGUCCUCCAGCAAUCCUUACCUUUCUUCCAGUCCCCCCCACCUAUCCAUUUAUCGCUCUAUUUUUUCUCCUCCCACCUCUCUGUUCUCUCAGCUAUCUCACCUCCCUCCAUCUUGCCCUCUUUCUUUCAUUCUGUGUAUGACAACCCCCUUCCCUUCUUUCUAUUCUCUCUCGCGCGCUCUCUUUCGCUGUCUUCUCGUGUUAGUGCAGUUCUGAAUGGUCAUGGGGAAACAUGUUUGCAUGCUUAUAUUAACAUGAAUGAUGUCAACUUGAUGCAAUGAAAAAUUAUAUAAGUGAUGCUUUAAGCAAAAUCUGACAAUGAACUUGAUACUAAUACUACUAAUGAUGACUAAAUGGAGACCUAACAAUUGUUUAUCUCUGUGGUCAAAAACAACAAUGAAGAAAUAACAUUGUUUAUGCUGUAUUAUCUUUCUCGAAAAUUGGUAAUCUUUUUGAUUUUCAAUAGUUUUUUUUAUAUAUUAUUUAUUCAAGAGGUUUACUUUUUUAUUGGUUAAUGCGGAGAAUUUGAGUGAGGGUUCAGUCAGGGCGAUUGUUUCAGUCAGCACAGCUGUACCAGGUCACAGGAUGUUGGAGAAUGUGUAAGUAACAGUGUGGCUGAAGCAAUGAAAAUGGAAAUAAAGGAUAUGUAUCAUCCA